AGAAGCAAAACACGAAGAAAACCGCCGUUUUUCUUCUUCCUUUGUACUGGGACGUUUUUGCGAUUUGGCGAGGAGGACGACCGGUUGGCGAGACGACGCAUCUGCGAUAUUGCGAAGAGGACAGGCUCGUAACGGCGACAAACUCGGAGAAGAGGACAGGUCGCGUGUGUGAGAAGCCAAGUGAAGCACGGGCCUUAGGACUGAGGUAGGAGUGGGUAUAAACUAUAAAUAUCCGACUCUUCAAAGUUCAAACCCAACUCCCUCCUCUCCAUUCCAACGCCUACUAUAAAACCCUCCUCUGUAACGGUACGAAGCUCUCUCUACUCGGAGUUCCUACAAUGGCUGAAUGCGAGAAUGGCGAUCUCCACGAACUUUUGCGAGAGCUUCCUUCCCACGCUGUAAAGGAGUUGUUGUACAUUGGGGUAUGCAGCCAAUGCAUUUUGCGGUUAUUUGGAAUUCGAGGGGAUAUGUACGACUGUAAUCCGUUGUCUCCUUCGAUUUUCAGUUCAGUUUUUGGAGAUCUAUCAGAUUCUGAGAAACAUGUUCAGUCUGGUUUGGAAGAAAAUGAAGACUCCAACAGUUCUCUUAUUUCUAAGGGACCCAAAGUCAAUCAGCUGCUUUGUAGCCUUUGUUUGGGCAUCUUGCAGUUCACUUACCGUGAUGACAAUAAGUUUGUGGUGAGAAAGGACAGUGCUUAUGAAUUUGUUGCCUCAAUUGCGGAAUUGGUAAAGCAAGAUUAUAGUCAAACUGAUGGUUUUUCUCUUGAAGUGUCCAUUCCACCAGUUACCCAAGAAAAUGAUCGUUCUAUAUGGUUUUAUAUUAAAGAAAAAUAUGGAUCUGAGUCGUGGUUUCAAAGGAAAGCACUUAGUGAUUGCAUUUCUGUGAAGGAUGCUUUGAAGGCUUCUAUAACGAAACCACUUGAAAAACUGCUUGAUUGCAAAUCCAAUAUGAGCUCUCUCCGUAUUCGUUUGACAUACAGCCAACUUAAAGCGUCAAUGGCAAUUUUGAAUUUUGUUGAGAAAAGCCAGGCUGACUGCAAAAGAAGAAAAACAGUUAUAAGCACAUGUGGUGGCCUGGAAACUUUUAAUGAUGGUGUCAAAGGUUCUGAUUCUAGUAAUGUUGCAUCAGAUGUAGCAAUCUUAGAGACCUCUCAAGAUAGUCAAAUUUCUGAACACGUUAACAUCUUUCUAGAAAAGUUUUUAAACCAGAUCAGUGAACCCUGCCAAUUUGUGUUCCACUGCAACAGGAUGCCUAUAUACGUUGGUGGGAGAUACCUAAAGUACUCCAGAAAUGUUAGUCAAACACGCUGGAUCAUUGAUGAUGAAAGAAUGGGAGAUGCUUCUGUUGAGGAAUUAAUUGGUAGCCAGAUUCUUCCUGUAUGCCAAGGCGAUAACUACAAGUUUCAUGCUGCUGGCAGAGAGGAUAUUGAUGUUAGGAUGUUGGGUUCAGGUCGUCCUUUCCUGAUUGAGAUUCAAAAUGCACGCCAUGUACCAUGUGUAGAGGAUGUAAAAUCCAUAGAAAAACUUAUUAAUCACUCGGAUAGUAAAUUGGUUGGAGUUAAAAAUCUCAAAACAGUGGAUAGUCAAGUUUGGACCCUAAUGCGUGAGGGAGAGUCAGAGAAGCAGAAGCAAUAUGUUGCAUUAGUGUGGAUUUCUCGACCACUCAAGGAUGAAGACUUUCAGUCUGUAUUUUCAUUUAAGGAGAUGAAGGUUAUGCAAAAGACUCCGAUUAGAGUGCUUCAUCGCCGAAGUCCACUGGAACGUGAAAAGAUAAUACAUUGGAUGAAAAUGGAGAAGGUUGUUGGAAGUUCUCAAUAUUUUCUUUUGCAUCUAUGCACCCAGGCUGGCACAUAUAUUAAGGAAUUUGUCCAUGGAGAUCUUGGGCGUACCCAUCCCAGCAUUGGAUCAAUCCUUGGUUGUCGAGCAGAGAUACUACAACUUGAUGUUACAGAUGUGAAAAUGGAUUGCUUUCUUGAUGACCAAUGUUAGCUCUCAGUUACCAUCAUUAUGAUGAUUGGUUCCUUUUGCUGUUGGAUUACUUUCUCAAUUUUGAUGAGUUUAACUGCAUAGGUUGGCAGUAUUUUUUAAGUUGCUGCAGAAAUUAGUGAUUUUAUUUGGACAAUUGCACACAGUUAUUAGUUUCACAAUAAUAACAAGAAGCUCGUAAUUCUUAA